GUGCAAUGUGCACGAUUCAAAUCUUAAAUUCUUAGAUCGUGGUAUAAGGUAUUAAAAAGUGCCCUCUGCAAUAUAAUAUGCUGAUAUUAAAUAUUGAUUUAAUUAUUUUUUAAAUCUUAUUUAAUUAUAUCAUAUCUAUCAUACCUGAAAUUCAAAAGAAUUAUUGGCAGUAGGCAGUACAGUUUAAGUUGAAUAAUGUGUUGACCUUUGAAUUUAUAGAUUAUUCCACUGCUACAUUCAUUAUUAUGAACUUACCGAAUUGGGUACACCGUUUGUAGGUUCAAUGUUUUUUAUUUUUCUGUGAGCAAGAAAAUUUUCAAAGAUACUUAUUAUACUGAUCGUUUUCUGCUAAAAAUAUUUACAUAAUUAUAAAUUUCAUGCAACAUGGAUAUUGUAACAAAUAAUAUUGCCAAAUUUUGUUCAUUGCCAACUCCGUAUAUUGCUGGGGUGACUGCAGCUAUUGGUUUUAUAAAUUAUUAUUUUAUGUUUGCCGUUAAAGCUCCCAGAAUUCACUGUAAAGAAGGUGAAUUUAAAAAUUUUAUCCGUCAAAAUGUUCCAAUCAUCAAUGAAAAGUAUUGGCCUACAAUGUGGUGUUUUGAAGCUAGAUUUCAAAGUGUAUUAGCAAGUUUAAUACGGUCAUUUAUAGUUCCUCCAGCACCAUAUACAAGAGAAAUAUUUACGUUAAAGGAUGGCGGUGAAGUGGCAUUGGAUUGGCUGGAACCAAUGAAAAGUUCAGUUGAUAUGCAAGAUGCAACAAUUUUGUUUUUACCAGGAUUAACAGGUGAUAGUAAAUGUGAGUAUGUUAGAGCUACAUCAUUAGCUGUGCAAAAAUCAGGAUUCAGGAUUGUUGUUUUCAAUUAUAGAGGGAUUGGUGGUAUUGAAUUGAAGACUCCAAGAACUUAUUCUGCUAAUAAUAUUGAUGACUUAACUGAAGUUGUUGGUCAUAUAAAAAGCAAGCAUCCAGACACAAUUUUAGGCGGAAUUGGUGUAUCUAUGGGUGGGCUUUUAUUGGGAAGUUUCUUAUCAUCUAAUGAGCAAUAUGUUCACAAAUACUUCUCUGCUGCUAUGUUAAUUUCAGUUCCAUGGAAUUUAAUUGCAACCACACAAAAUAUAGAAAAACCAUAUUUAAAUCGUCUUCUUUGUUCAUACUUGGCAAAAUGUCUUUGUAACCUUGUUGAAAAUAGUAGCAAUAUGUUAAGUUCAUCAAGUCAUAAAUGGGAUUAUAAUCAAGUCAUCAAAAGUAAAACUAUAAGAGAAUUCGAUGCAAAUUAUACUAUCAAAUUAUUUGAACACGAAUCCGUUGAUGAGUACUAUAAAAAAGCAUCACUCCAUGAUAAAUUGGACCGUAUUAGAGUGCCUUGUUUGUGUUUGAGUGCUGCUGAUGACCCAUUUUGUCUAGAAUCUGAUCUGCCUCUAGAGAGUGCUGACAGUGUUGAAAAUUUAGCAAUUUUGGUUACAGUUAAAGGUGGACACAUUGGGUUUCUAGAAGGUAUAUGGCCAUUUAGUAACAGCAAUGAAUUUAUGUUUCGUAUAAUUGACCAAUAUUUUAGCUCAAUAUUUAAAAAUAAUAAUUAUGAAAAGUAUAAUAGUUGAAAUUGUUAUUUUUGUUAAUACAUUUAGAAUUAGGAUUAUUUACUGUUAUAGAUAAAAUAUACGAUCAAAUAUUUUAAGUUUUUAACAUAUACAUAUUUUAUAGUUUUAUAUUUUAUUGAAAUAGAUUUAUUUUUUUGGUGGUGUUUAAAAAAUAUAUGAAAAAUCAACUAUA